AUGCAAGUUAAUCUCAAGUUUGUAAUAUCCCUUCUUGUCAUGUACAUUGGUUUCAUGACACAUUUCUACUAUGAUGAGAAGAUUUUAUCAAAGAAGAACCCAUUAGGACCAUUCCCACACGAAUAUAAAAAUAUUCUUCUCUGUUUCAACUUCUUCUUUGGCUGCAUCACAGCUGCAUCGAUUCUUCUCGUCACAAGAGUUAAAAUAUUAAGAAACCCAUUCCCAUACUUAAAGGCAUCAGUUCCUCACUUUUUGGCCGCAUAUUUUACCAACAUUGCGAAGUACUACGCAGACUAUGCCACACUCAAUGUUGUUAAGUCAGCCAAGCCAAUCGCUGUUAUGCUCUGCUCAAUCUUCCUUUUCCACAAGAAAGUCCCAACACGUCGCAUCUUCGUCGUUAUCUUCCUUUGCAUUGGUUUAACAAUCUUCGGAUAUACAGCCAACAACAAGGAUGCUAACAACGCCCCCCUUGGCUACGGAGUCAUCUCUCUUGCCCUUCUUUGCGAAGGAAUUUACGGACCAAUUGUAGAUCAGUUGAACCAUUCCUCCAAAUCACCAUAUCUUACAAUGUUCUACAUGCAAUCAUUCAAUCUAAUCCUUUCUAUUAUCACAGGAAUCAAGAUUAUCAUUCCAGCAUUAACAUUCAUCAAAAAUCACCCAGAAUACCUUCCACAGAUCGCAAUUUUCAUUGUUACAAACCUUGUCGCUCAAGUUGGCCUCUUUACGUUCGUAAAUCUCUCGAAUGGCCUCAUUUUGUCAAUUGCAACAACAAGUCGCAAAUUCUUUACUAUCCUCCUAUCUUCGAUUGCUUUCAAGCAUAACUUUACCGCAUUACAAUGGGUUGGAAUUGUUAUUGUCUUUUCUGCCCUUUCAUUCGACAUUUUCGGAAAGAAGCCAGAGAAGAAACCAACCGAAGAAGAUAAGGAGAAACAUGAGUAA